AUGCCUCUCGGGAUUAUUGACGCAAAGCUUGGAGAGGGUGCAGUUCUUACGGGGACCGUCCAUCUUGUCAGGUCGUCCUCUAGUACCAGUGAUUUAGCCCACGACGUCCCGAGACGUAGAGGCACGCUCAUGAGAACAACCUACAUGGGAGUUGACACGGUCUUGGUGCCUCAACCAUCCUUGAAAGACCCAAAUGACCCAUUGAAGGAAGCGGCUUUUUGGGUCAUCUUUUUCAACACCAUCAUCUUCGCUUCACUGCCCGGUCCCAUGCUCAGCCCAGCCACGUUUGCUCUCGCCCCCAUCCUCGGCGUCAGUAUCACCAAGGUUGCUGAGUUGUCUGGUUACCACCUCCUCAUCGUUGCGGCUAUAGGGCCUUUGGUAUCAAUCUUUGCGCAGAAGUAUGGAAAACGCCCACAAUUUCUCUUCGCAGCCAUUACCGGAACCCUUGGCACCGCUGUCUGUAUAGCAGGGUCCCAGAGAUCCCAUUACAGCACGAUAUUCGCCGGUCGUAUGAUCCAAGGACUAGGCGCUACAGCUUGGGAAAGUCUGGCGCUUGCGGCGAUUGGGGAUUUGUUCUAUCUCCACGAACGCGGCUGGAGAAUCGCCAUGGUCGUCGCCUCGUCAGCUUGCACUGUUUCGAUGACAUCAAUCAUCAGUGGAGUCAUGGCAGAGCGCCUCGGCUACAAGAUGUUGUUUAUUGCUGAAUUGCCAUUCGACAUUGCAGGUCUCGUCAUGACGGCUGCUCUGCUUCCUGAAAUGCAGUUCAAGCGAGCGGCUUUCACUCAGCAAGACCUGGCCUCCAGCUCUCAAUCCAGCGGCGACGAGGAAAUUACAGCCGUCAAAGGGCCCCUUGACACCAAUAUCACAGCCAAAAACAAAAUUGCCGAGACCGAUGUUGUCAUCGUCCCAAAGAAAACAUUUGCGCAGAUGCUAGCGCCAUGGUCUCGUCAGACUUACACGGAGAAGAGCAUCGUUCGCCUGCUAGCUGAGCUCUUCAUCAACUUUAUCAACCCAGCUGUGCUUUGGAUUCUGGCUGUAAGCGCAGUGCUCAAUGCGUGCUUUGUGGCAUCCAGCUACAUCCUGUCUCAGAUCUGGUCAAUGCCUCCGUACAAUCUCAACAUUGAGCAGAAUGGCUUUUUUUGGGCUGGCGCACUCAUUGGUGGUUUAUUCGCCAUUCCUGUUGGCUCAAUCUGCGACUGGUCUGCAAUGACAAUGUCGAAAUGGAACGGCGGCGUGUACGAAGCAGAGUUCAGGAUCCCUGUCAACAUACUCGGUGCCGCCCUCAGCGGGCUCGGAUGGUUCCUGCUUAUGUGGGUGGUCAAUCACCCCUAUGCGAAUGGGUAUUUCCUAGGGGCCUUUUGCUUAGGCUGUAUGGCGUUCAGUAUCUCAGUUCCCUCGACGUCGGCCGGGCUCUAUAUCUUAGACACAUUCCCACAACGGUCUAGUGAGAUUUUCAUUCUCCAGAUGAUGCUAAAGAACUUUCUGUUUUACUCAUUCUCGACCUUCAUCAAUACAUGGACUACUGAAGCGGGUCCCGGAACUGUCUUCAUGGUCCUGGGGAUCGUCUCACUAGGGCUGUUCAUCACUUGCGUUCCUAUGUACAUCUUCGGAAAGUUAAACAGGAAAUGGAUUAACAAUCUUUAUGCCCAACACCGUUUCCUUCUGGAACUGGCCGAAGGAAGCAAGGUGCUGUCAGCGAAAGAUUAG